AUAGAAGAUCUCGAGAUGCAAGUGAAAAAAGCUUUAGAAGAAUGUGAAGAAUUGAAAAAGAACUUGACUGCCUGCAGGCAUCAACGGGACGCAUUGGAAAAGAAGCAGCAGAGUGUACAGAAUAAGCUAAACAAAACACAAGUGGAACUAGAAGAAGAACGAGCUAUGAAUAAUCUUUUGCGAUCUGAUCAAGCAAAAUGGUCGAAAAAAAUAACAGAAUUGGAGGAAAGAAGUGCGAACGAGCAGAAGAAUCACACAAUUAGAGAAAAGGACCUCGAAGAACAAAUCCGAGAUUUAAUGAUGCACAUUGAAGCACAAAAUAAAAUACAAAAUGCUUUGGAAACGCAAGAAGUCACCGAGCAGGAAGUUGCUGAAAGCACGCUUGCUGUAGCGGAACCACGACAGACACCAGCGAGAACACGAAGACACAGGAGGAAGUAA